AUGCUGGCAUACGAAAAUACCAGGCAUUUGCUCAAACCUUGCAAUAGUCUUGAGAAUUUGGAAUUGAAUUCUGGUUUGCGGGUUAAGAGCUAUUACUUCUGGAUUCGACCUUUUGUUGCUUUAGUUGUUUCUUCUUCUCCAACUUCAAGCACCAAUUCAACUACAUGUCUCAUGGAUCUUGGUUAUGUACUGAGAAUUCCAAUAAGUCCCUCCAAAUCCUUAUUUGAUCCCACUUCCGAUGAUCCCACUGUCGGAAAAUGUGAGUGCUACCAGACCCUCCUUUCCCUUUAUGGCCUAGGAUUGUCACAGCAUCUUAAAGAGACUUCUCUUUUCGAACUAUGCAAUUUGCCAACUUCCAUUUCUUGCCUUGAAGAUUUCCAAUCCAAGUUGAAUUCUCUUUUUCUCCCACAAAAUCUAGGGUUCUCACUGAUAUGGGAUGAACUUCGAUCAGAUUUGAGACUGGCAGAUCGGGUUAGAAGUGAGGUGGAGUUUCAGUGUCGAUGUGGAGUUAGAAGUGAAGGUGUGCUAGUUGCUGUUUUUGGAUGGAAAUUUCGGUCCGGUUGUGAGAAGCAUGGCAGCGGCGGAGGUGGAUAUGGUGGUGCAAGGCGGCGGCAGCAACGGCGUUGUGGUGGCCGUGGGUGGGAUGGUUGA